AGAAGAAGAAGAAGAACAAAGUGCAAUUGUUUUGGGAAAUCCAGGAAAUUCUGCGCACUGGUGAGGUGAAAAGUGUUAGAAAAUCGGUGAAAAGUUGGCCCCCGGCAGGGCGUUUCAGUGUAGCACCACGUCAGACGGAGCAACGAAGCAGGGGCGCUCGGCUCCUGCUUCCGGCCGGAGAAAGUGGCCGAGACGGCUGAGAAUGCGGAUGUGGCGGAGUCCCUCAGUCGCAUCGACAUCGAGGGGGGCGCAUCGAGUCUCCGAGCCAUCGAUGAUGACGACGAGGACGCCCCGGCUCAAGGUGCCGGGGCAAUGGCGAAGCCGCCUGCUGAGAGUCCGCGUGCCGAGGAGGCUAGCGCGGCGGCGUGCGAGAGCCCUGCAGAGCCCCAGUCUCCCAGCGAGGCGCCAGCUGCGCCAGUGACGAUGUCCGGCGUCCGUAGGAAGUCCCGGCCGGUGCCCAGCUAUGAGAAUGAUUCGGUGGUGGUGAAUGGAACGAAGAGGAAGGUGAGGAGCAGCGAUCGAAUGGCAGCGCCUCAGAUUCCGCCGGACAAUGAGUACUAUCACAUUUGGCAUGCGAGCGAGGGCGGAGGCGGCGAUGAGGACUUCGAGGCUCCCCCGUUGCCGCCGAAGAACAGUGGGAAUGGACUUCAUCGACCACUGGAGCGCUCCUGGCCGCCGCGUGUAUCGCGACAGACGAAGCCAAUGUGUGAUUUCAGCUUCGACAUCAUCGAUACGGACGAGGCGCUGCUCAGUCUGCCCACGGACGUGAGUAUGGCGGACCAGGUGGCGUUUGUGCCCGGAGAAUUCUUCACAGAGCAACGGCAAACAGCCACGCUGAAGCCGGGCAAGUCUAUUGAGUGUGAUUUCGCGCCGCUGGCCACUCCUGAGACGGAUGGAAGUCUGUCGGACCGAAUGGCGGAGAAUAGUGCCGGAAGUGGUGGACAGACACCGAAACUAAAGCCAUUGAUGAAGAAGAAAAUCGGCCCUGACAACUACAUCAGCACCAUUCUGGCGAAGAAGGUGGUUGAACAGAGCGAGAAUGUGGAGGAGACUGAAGAAACGGCUGAGGCGAAUGGACUGACGCUCCCAGGAGAGCCUACUGCAGAGGAUUUCGUGAUGGUGAAACCUCACAAGCCACUGACCAGACAAUUAAGCAAUGGGAAGAGCAAAUUCCAUCCCAAUGGCUUUGUUUCUGCCACUGAGCAAGAGCUCUCUUUCGAUGAGGACAAUCAACAUUACACGUUGUGCAGAAAGCUCUCCCCUCACAGACCCAGAAGUCCUCCUUCCGGAUCCUCGACGCGAUCCGCUUCACCGCUGGACAACGUGAUGUCCUCUCCUGAGGGCGCAGCUUCGCCGAUCGUACAUCAGAAGCCAUUCAGGCCGCAACCGAGACUCCUGACGCGCGUCGGAGGCUCAGGAGGAGGGAAUCUCAUUUGUCCUCCCACUCCGACUCAUCACGCGAGGCGAUUAAGGUCUUUGUCGGACAACUUGGGGCCUCCAGAACUUCACUCAAGGGAUGUUUUCUCUCCAGAAAGCAUCCCAUCACCUGAGAUUCGACAUGCCGAAGUGGUGUUUCUGAGCAAAAGGACCGAUAUGGGGGCUGCAGGAAGCGAUGGCGAGAUGUCUAUGCGACACUUGACCCCCACAAGACUGCCGUCGAUUCCUGAAAGGGCGAGAGGUGCUGUAGCGGAGUCGGAAGAACCAUUGCCGCCCGCUUGGGAAGCUCGAAUGGACAGUCAUGGGAGGAUUUUCUACAUCGAUCACACCACCAGAACGACCAGCUGGCAACGCCCAGGCGCUGCGUACAAUGUAGCGUCGAUGGGCGGCCGAGAACAGCACAGACAGCAAUUGGACAGGAGGUAUCAGUCCAUUAGACGCACAAUAACCAACGAGAAUCGACCGGCUGCCGGUUGUAGUUCCACUUCAAUUCAUCGGGGAUCGAAUGCCAGCAGUUCGGAGGACUCUACUGAUGGGGGAGUGCAGUCGAGAGCUCCUCCAUCGCCUGCCAUUCAAGAAUCUCAUCCUGCUCUCUUGAUGCUCUCCCGUCCGGAUUUCUACUCGAUGCUGCACACAAAUCCGGAUGCUCUGAGCGUGUACAAUCGAAAUGCCGCACUAAAGCACAUGGUUUUGAGGAUAAGGAGGGACGCAAACUGUUUCGCGAGGUAUCAGUACAACAAGGAUCUUGUGGCGUUGGUGAAUAGUUUUGCAGCAAGUGACAGAGAGUUGCCGUCUGGAUGGGAGACGAAGCUGGAUUCGUCUGGAAAGCAAUUCUUCAUCGAUCACACUAAUCGGAAGACUUCCUUCAUGGAUCCUCGAGUGCCGACGGAGUGUCCGAGGGUGAGACAUCGUCCACCGGAGGCAAUCAGUGACAUCGCUCCAAUUCCUCCGCCGCGGCCACCAGCACUUCCACGGCCGCCCAUCGGGUCGCCGGACAUUCCCGUGGCGUACAACGAUAAAGUGGUGGCCUUUCUGCGACAGCCCAACAUCCUGGAGAUCCUGCGUGAGCGUCAGGGCUCCAGCGGGUGCUCGAGAUCGCUGCGCGAGAAGAUCAAUGCGGUGAGAGUUGAAGGAGCACCAGCUCUGGAGCGCUUCGGACACGAUCUGCAGCUGACAAUUCUGCUCAGUCUGUUCGAGAAUGAGAUCAUGUGCUAUGUUCCAGUAGAGGCGAGAAGUCCUCAGGGAUCGCCCAACAUGGGUAACUCCAGAGCGCCGCAACGCGGGCCGCCACCCUUCCGGAGGGACUUUGAGGCGAAGUUGCGCGCCUUCUACAGGAAGCUUGAGUCCAAAGGAUACGGCCAAGGACCGCACAAGCUCAAGCUUCACAUUCGGAGGUCAAAUUUGCUGGAGGACGCCUUCAGGCGGAUCAUGUCGGCCAACAAGAAGGAUCUGCAGCGAGGUCGCCUGGCUGUGCUGUUCGAUACUGAGGAGGGCCUCGACUAUGGCGGACCGUCGCGGGAGUUCUUUUUCUUGCUUAGCCGCGAGCUCUUCAAUCCCUAUUACGGCCUGUUCGAGUACUCGGCCAACGACACGUACACCGUCCAAGUGUCACCAUUGUCCGCCUUCGUGGACAACUCACAUGACUGGUUCCGCUUCAGUGGACGCGUCCUGGGCCUUGCACUCGUGCACCAGUAUCUGCUGGACGCGUUCUUCACGAGACCCUUCUACAAGGCGCUGCUGCGACUGCCGGUGGCGCUCAGCGAUCUUGAGUCGCUGGACAGCGAGUUCCACCAGUCGCUGCAGUGGAUCAGGGACAAUGACAUCGGGUCGGGAAGCAGCCUGGGCCUGACGUUCUGCGUGACGGAGGAGUUGCUGGGACGCGUGGUGGAGCGCGAGUUGAAGCCUGGCGGGAAGAAUGUGGGCGUGAAUGAGAAGAAUAAGAAGGAGUAUCUUGAGAGGAUGGUGAAGUGGCGCCUGGAGAGGGGUGUCCAGGAGCAGACUGAGUCCCUGGUGAAGGGCUUCUACGAGGUGGUUGAUCCGCGGCUGGUGGCCGUGUUCGAUGCCCGCGAGCUGGAGCUGGUGAUCGCUGGCACGGCGGAGAUUGACAUCGCCGACUGGCGCGUGAACACGGAGUACAGGAGUGGCUAUCACGAUAACCACCAGGUUAUCAUCUGGUUCUGGCAGGUGAUUGAGAAGUUCACCAACGAGCAACGACUGAGACUGCUGCAAUUUGUCACGGGCACGUCCAGCAUCCCGUACGACGGCUUCUCGGCGCUGCGGGGCUCCACGGGGCCUCGGCGGUUCUGCAUCGAGAAGUGGGGAAAGCCCAUCGCACUGCCCAGAGCGCACACGUGCUUCAACCGCCUCGACUUGCCGCCUUAUCCAACGCCUGAAAUACUCCACGAGAAGCUUCUCCUCGCCGUUGAGGAGACCAAUACCUUCGGCAUCGAGUAAUCACGCUGUAACCGUACGAGUAGGAUAUUUGCUAGGAGCUUAGGGACUCUAGGAGGGCUUCUCAGGAUUUUGUGUUCAAGUUUUUCGAUGCAAGUGUCAGAAAGUUUUUCUCAAAACCGCCUGAGAAAGUCAAUGGAUUUCCCUAGAGUAAUUCACAAUACAUAAAAUUUUUAUUGAAUGGCAUGAUAAAUACAAUCAAAAUCGAAUUCAAUUUCUACCGAUUGGCCUUAAGAUAAACCAUUUGAUGACGAAAAAAAGACAUUUUGUAUAAGAAAAGUGGAUAAAUUGUAGGCAUUUUACUCACAACUUUCCGUCUCUCGACAACACAAAAUGUUGCAAGUAUUCACACACAAAACACAGUAAAUCUAGUCAAAGAGUUAAAUGAAUUAAAUACUAAAGGAACCUAUGAUGAUGUUAGCUAGAGUGUUUAUAAAUGUAGAAAUUAUUAUUGAUCGAGUUGAUGAGAAUUUCCUUCUUUCAUUCCUCUAUAAAAAAUGCCAGUAUAUUAAUUGACGAGUCGCAUAAACUUGUGAGAAUGAUGAAUCUUUUGUACAGUCCUUUUGUUGGAAUUAUUUUAGUGUCUUGGAGCGACGAUGAAUGACAAAUAAAUGCGGAUUUAUUGAA